AUCACUUUCCAACAUCACGUCCAAUUGAAUGUAGCUGCUUAAGGUCCAUGUAAUCAAUUUUGUUGCAUUGUCACACUUGUGCCUAUAUCCUGUUCCUCCUGAGACAAAUCAGAGCAGUACCCUCCAUAAGGUGUCUGUUAAUUAAUAAUAAGAGGUUUCAUAGUACAGAGUAGUUUUUCCUGCAGUGUAUUUUACAACACAGCAUUUGACAGCCUGGUGUAGGAGGACGCACAAUGAUGGAACUCAAUGAAGUGCAGCUCACAAAUGUACCCUACACCCACGGAAACGGUGUGGACAACCCGGCUUUUGAAAUAGAGGCGGACAACAUUUCUGAUACUAGCAGCAUCAAAAGUGAGCUUAAAAAGACUAAAAAGGGACUGGGAUCAUACUUAAGCAAUGUUACAAAGCCUAUUAAUGCCACAGAGGAUUACAUCAAGGCUCACUCAAAAACCUUCAAAUAUGUCGUGCUGGGCAUACUUGGAGCAGGUUAUGUGGCAUACUUUAUCACAGCCUGCGUUUUGGAUUUCCAAAGGGCCAUCGCUCUUGUAGUCCUUACCAGUGUGGCUGUUCUGUCCAAAUCAUAUGAUCUCCUGAAGGAGUACAAAGGAGAAAGCAUCUGCAGGUGUUUCGGACCCGCAAUUACAUGCUUUAAAUCUAAUUUGAAAUGGAUGAAAUGGGUUUUCAUCUUACUGAUUGUGGCUCUGCUUGUGGCGUGGCUGGUCAUAGACACAAGCAAACGUCCUGAGCAGCUUAUCUCAUUUGGAGGUGUGCUCAUGUUUGUCCUGCUUAUAUUCCUGUUGUCAGCACACAGGACUGCUGUAUCAUGGAGACCUGUGUUUUGGGGCCUUGGAUUGCAGUUCUGCAUCGGCCUUUUCGUAAUAAGAACACAACCUGGACUGAUAGCUUUCAAUUGGCUGGGAGAUCAAGUGAAGAUAUUCCUUAACUACGCCAAAGAAGGCUCAUCCUUUGUCUUUGGGGAUCUCCUCCAAGACAUCUUUGCCUUUCAAGCUUUGCCCAUCGUUGUCUUCUUCAGCUCUGUGAUGUCCGUGCUUUACUUCUUGGGGGUCAUGCAGUGGCUUAUCUUGAAGAUCUCAUGGGUUAUGCAGAUAACGAUGGGAACCUCUCCCACAGAGACCUUGAGUGUUGCAGGGAAUAUAUUUGUUGGGCAGACUGAGGCUCCGCUGUUGAUUCGCCCUUAUUUGAAGGACAUGACCAAAUCUGAAAUCCAUGCUGUUUUGGUUGGUGGAUUCGCCACCAUUGCAGGCAGUGUCAUGGGAGCAUUCAUCACCUUUGGGAUUGAUGCCUCUUCCUUGAUAUCAGCCUCUGUGAUGGCUGCUCCCUGUGCCUUGGCCAUCUCCAAGCUGUCUUAUCCAGAGACAGAGGAGAGUCCCUGCAAGUCUGAGAAAAAUAUUAAAGUGGAUUGCGGAGAUGAACAGAACAUUUUGGAGGCUGCCAGCAGCGGAGCAUCUGCUUCAAUAGGUCUUGUAGCUAACAUUGCUGCAAAUCUGAUUGCGUUCCUUGCCAUCCUGGGAUUCAUAAAUAAAGCUUUUAGCUGGUUCGGAAGUAUGGUGGGAUAUCCUGAACUCACAUUUCAGCUGAUCUGUUCGUACGUCUUCAUGCCUGUGGCCUUUAUGAUGGGGAUACCAUACGAGGACAGUUUCACUGUGGCUGAGCUAAUCGGCACGAAGCUCUUCCUCAAUGAGUUUGUUGCUUAUGAGAAGUUAUCUAAACUGAAAGUCAACAGACUCACUGGUGUUGAUGAAGUUAUUGGUGGCGUAAAACAAUGGAUUUCUGUCCGAUCAGAAAUUAUCACCACUUACGCUCUUUGUGGGUUUGCCAACCUCAGCUCUCUGGGUAUUGUGAUUGGAGGCCUAGCGUCCAUAUGCCCAUCCAGAAGAGGCGACGUCUCGUCCCUGGUGUUGAGAGCUAUGAUCACUGGGACUUGUGUAUCUCUUAUAAAUGCUUGCAUCGCAGGGAUCCUCUUUGUUCCUCCACUUGACUGUGUCGGGCUGUUUGAGAAAGCUGCUUUCAAUGCCUCAGAUUUAAACAUAGAAACUUGCUGCCAAGACCUCUUUCACAACACUGUAAACAAUGGGAACAUCUCAUUUGAAGGAUCUUGGAACAACGUAGUAAAUGUCACUUUGUUUUUCUCUAACUGUUGUAACUGUUGUGGUCUUUCUCAAGCAGUUUGCGUGUAGAGGAGACAAAUACACAACACUGUCUGUUUUAUACUGUAAUUUCACAUUUGUACAUUUGUGUCACCGUUCAUGUAAAAAAUGUAA